CAGUACUUGCUUGUUUGAAGUUUAAGAACAUUCAAACAAAAACAACAAAGGACUCUCUUUUACUUUCUCUCUUUCCAACUCUUUCCUCCAUUCUCUCUAUCUCUCUCUCGCGAAGGAUUUGGGUUGGAAGAAACCCUAGAUAGCCCCGGAGCAGAGGCAAUGGAAGAAAGCAGCGACAUGACCGCUACCAAUGUGGCCCGAGCCAUAGCAGUAGCCCUCGACUGGAGUUCCACUCCCGACGCUCGCAAAGCUGCUGUUUCUUACCUAGAUUCCAUAAAAGUAGGAGACGUACGAGUUUUGGCCAAUACAUCACUCCGACUAGUUAAAAAGGAUUUUUCUUCAGAAAUUCGGUUGCAUGCAUUUAAAAUGUUGCAGCAUUUAGUCAGGCUACGGUGGGAGGAAUUAAACUCAACAGAGCAUAGAAACUUUGCUAAUGUUGCUGUUGAGUUGAUGUCUGAUAUGGCAAAUCCCGGUGAGGAAUGGGCUCUAAAAAGUCAAACAGCAGCCCUUGUUGCUGAGAUAGUUAGAAUAGAAGUAGACCUAUGGCCAGAAUUGUUUCCUUCUUUAGUUUCUAUAUCCAGCAAGGGUCCUAUUGAGGCUGAGUUGGUCUCAAUGAUGCUGAGGUGGCUCCCUGAAGAUAUUACUGUUCACAAUGAAGAUUUAGAAGGUGAUCGGCGACGACUAUUACUACGUGGUCUUACUCAAUCUUUGCCCGAAAUUUUGCCUCUGUUGUAUACUUUGCUUGAAAGGCACUUUGGAGCUGCAAUAAGUGAAGCUGGGAAACAGCAAAUGGAUGCUGCAAAACAACAUGCAGCUACAGUAACAUCUACUUUAAAUGCUGUCAAUGCAUAUGCUGAAUGGGCUCCAUUACCCGAUCUUGCUAAAUAUGGUAUAAUUCAUGGGUGUGGUGUCUUACUUUCUUCUCUUGACUUUCGCCUUCAUGCUUGUGAAUUUUUUAAACUUGUCUCCUCUAGGAGAAGACCUACUGAUGAAUCAACUUCUGAAUUUGAUACUGCAAUGGCGAAUAUCCUUAGCAUAUUGAUGAAUGUAUCCAAAGAAUUCUUACACAAAUCUGCCUCUGGUUCUGGGGUUGUUGAUGAAAGUGAGAUUGUGUUUGCUGAAUGCAUAUGUGAGAGUAUGGUGUCUUUGGGCUCUUCAAAUUUGCAAUGUGUUGCUGGUGAUAGCAGCGUGCUGCCUUUUUUCUUGCAACAGAUGCUGGGCUUCUUUCAGCAUUUCAAGCUAGCAGUUCAUUUUCAAUCUCUGCUCUUUUGGCUGGCUCUUAUGAGAGACUUAAUGUCGAAGCCGAAGGCUACAGGAUCUGGUGCUACCCAGGUUGAUACUGAAAAGAAAAAGAUCUUAAGUUUUGUGAAUGAUGAUACUUGUAGUGCGAUUCUUGAUAUAUCUUUCCAGCACAUGCUUAAGAGAGAAAAGGUUCUUCCUGCAAUGGCACAUUCUUUGGGGUCAUUAGAGUUGUGGGGUGAUGAUAUUGAGGGCAAGGGGGAUUUUGGCCAGUAUCGAUCAAAACUGUUGGAAUUGACCAAGUUUAUUGCUUCAUACAAACCCCUAAUAGCUGGUGCUAAGGUUUCUGAAAGGAUUGAUGCAAUUAUCAAAAACCUCUUGCUUUCUUCUAUGCAGCCUCAGGAAUUAGCUGUCAUGGAAAGCAUGCAAUUGGCUCUAGAAAAUGUUGUGAGUGGGAUUUUUGAUGGGUCAAAUGAGAUUGUGGGUGGGAGCUCUGAAGUUCAACUUGCAUUGUGCAAAAUUUUUGAAGGAUUACUUCAGCAGCUUCUUUCUCUGAAGUGGACUGAGCCAGCCUUUGUUGAAGUACUUGGACAUUAUUUUGAUGCAAUGGGACCCUUUUUAAAGUACUUCCCAGAUGCAGUUGGUAGCGUUAUCAGCAAAUUAUUUGAGCUACUAAAUUCACUUCCUUUCAUUGUUAAGGAUCCUUCAACAAAUAGUGCUCGUCAUGCAAGGUUGCAAAUUUGUACAUCAUUUAUCCGUAUUGCCAAAGCUGCCGACAAAAGCGUUCUGCCUCACAUGAAGGGCAUAGCUGAUACCAUGGCAUAUUUACAAAGAGAUGGUCGUUUGCUUCGUGGGGAACACAAUCUUCUAGGGGAAGCAUUUCUUGUCAUGGCUUCUGCUGCAGGGAUUCAACAACAGCAAGAAGUUUUAGCCUGGUUAUUGGAACCUUUGAGCCAACAGUGGAUGCAGCUGGAGUGGCAAAACAACUAUUUGUCAGAUCCUUCAGGUUUAGUUCGGCUGUGCUUUGAGACAUCAACUAUGUGGUCUCUUUUCCAUACUGUGACCUUCUUUGAGAAGGCACUUAAGAGAAGUGGAACAAGAAAAUCCCAUUUGAAUUUGCAGAACAACGAAACAACUUCUCUCUUGCAUCCAAUGGCCUCUCAUCUAUCAUGGAUGCUGCCGCCUCUUUUAAAACUGCUCCGUGCUAUACACUCCCUUUGGUCUCCAUCAGUAUUUCAAAACCUACCUGUUGAAUUAAAAGCUGCCAUGGCAAUGAGUGACGUUGAGCGAUUCAGUCUUCUUGGAGAAGGAAACCCUAAAUUGUCAAAGACUACUGGGUCAACUUAUGCUGACGGAUCUCAUAUCAGCGUGGGUAAAGAAGGAUUAAUAGAGACAAAUGAAACUGACAUACGAAAUUGGUUGAAAGGUAUCAGAGACAGUGGGUACAAUGUAUUGGGCUUAUCCACUACCAUUGGGGAUUCCUUUUUUAAAUGCUUGGAUGUGCAUUCUGUUGCUUUAGCCCUGGUGGAGAACAUAAACUCGAUGGAAUUCAGGCAUGCAAGACAGCUUAUCCAUUCAGUUUUUAUUCCUUUGGUCAAGAAUUGUCCUUCUGAUAUGUGGGAUAUAUGGCUGGAAAAGCUUUUGCAACCUUUAUUCCUACAUUCUCGUCAGGCUCUUAGCUGCUCGUGGUCUGGUCUUCUAAAUGAAGGUAGAGCAAAGGUUCCAGAUGCGCACGGCAUAUUAGUUGGGUCAGACUUGAAAGCAGAAGUGAUGGAGGAAAAACUACUCAGAGAUCUAACUCGGGAAGUUUGUUCGCUCCUAUCUGUCAUGGCUUCACCACAGCUAAAUACAGGGUUGCCUUCUUUGGAGCACUCUGGACAUGUCAGUCGUAUAGUCUUGUCUUCGCUUAAAGACUUGGAUGCAUUUACAUCAAACUCCAUGGUUGGUUUCCUUUUGAAGCACAAAGGUCAGGCACUUCCAGCAUUGCAGAUCUGUCUAGAAUCUCUUAGGUGGACAGAUGGUGAAGCAGUGACCAAAGUUUCUUCUUUUUGUGCUGCUUUAGUCCUUCUAGCUAUAUUAACAAAUAAUGUGGAACUCCGAGAAUUUGUUGCGAAGGACCUGUUUUCUGCAAUCAUCCAAGGUUUGGCACUUGAAUCAAAUGCAAACGUUAGUGCUGAACUUGUUGGUCUCAGUCGUGAAAUUUUUCUCUAUCUUUGUGAAAGGGAUCCAGCCCCGAGGCAGGUUUUGCUUUCACUUCCGUCCGUCACUCAUAAUGAUUUGCUUGCUCUUGAGGAGGCUUUGACAAAGACAUCUAGUAUCAAAGAACAAAAGUUACAUAUGAAAGGCUUUCUCUUAUCAGCUACAGGAAACCAGUUAAGAGCACUUGCUGCUCAGAAAAGCGUAAAUGUUAUCACCAAUGUAACGAUGAGGCCCCGAGGAACGACUAAUGUGGCCGAAACCAGGGCAGAUGAAGGGGACACUAUUGGAUUGGCAGCCAUAAUGUGAUGGCUUUGACGAAUUUAUUGUACAGAAACGAGGUUACCUUAAAGAAGGAAAAAAAAUCUUGUUUUGAGUGGCAUACUUGGGUGGGGUGGGGACCUUUUCUUCUUUGGUUCACUCAUUAAGGUAUGCUGAGGUUUUUUGAAUAUAUAGACUACAUCUACAUGUACAAAAAAAAAAAAGGUCACUAGGCUCUCAUAGUUUGUUUAUCACCACCCACCAUGGUCGAGAAUGAGUUUUCGUUAGUAUAUAGAUCAUAUGAUUAUUGAUAUUGGUGGAUUUAACCCAUAAUUAAGUGCUUUCAUAGGUUUUGUAUGUUUCUUAUUAAAAAUAAUGAAGAGCUUUUAUGAGCAUGCGCUGCUCUUGAAACAUA